ACAGUGAGAUCAUUCCUCCCGACUGCCUGCGGCCCCGCUCCUUCACCGCCAUCCGCCGGCCCUCGCUGCGGCGGGAGACAGAGGACACGCGCCUCUCGGUCAGCCUGUGUGACCUCAACUUGCAGGAGGAGACCUUCCAUGUGACAGCCACCACGUGUCCCAUCCCGCAGAACUCCCUCAACUCCCAGCACUCCCACCUCCUCCCCUCCCAGCUGGAGAGCGACCUCCGCUUCCACCACCUCCGGGGACCCCAUGUCAAAAUCCUCGAUGACCAAACCGUGGCCCGUCUGGAGCACGUCCGGGAGGAGAGGACUUUGGUUUUCACCAGCAGACCCCUUCGGAUCAACGAAACCAUUUUCGUCAAAAUCAACAAGUCCAACGCUGUGCGCACGGGGACGCUGUCCUACGGGGUGACGUCCUGCGACCCCAGCACCUUGCGCCCCAGCGAUCUCCCCUAUAACCCUGAGUCCUUGGUCGACCGAAAGGAGUUCUGGGCCAUCUGCCGAGUCGUAGUGCCCCUCCAGAGCGGAGACAUCCUGGGAUUUAUGGUGAAUUCGGAUGGUGAGCUGCACUUGAGUCACAACGGUGCUGGCACUGGCAUGCAGGUCUGCGUGGACUGUUCCCAGCCCCUCUGGAUGUUCUUCGUUUUACACGGUGCCGUCAUGCAAAUUCGAUUGUUGGGUUCCACCAUAUUAGCAGAGCGGCUGGGACUCUCCACACCAAGCUCGCCCACAUCUACACCCAAUUCCCCCACCGUCCUCUGCAGUGGCAUUUCUGACCCCAUAUUGUCUACAUGUGGCUCUGGCCCCCUCUGCAGCUCUAUCGGUGGCACAGCUCCCAACUCUCCAAUCAGCUUGCCUGAGUCACCCAUCUCCCCGUCCGUCUCAGGGCCCUGGGGAGAUGAAUGCACCAUCUGCUAUGAGAACAUGGUAGACACGGUCAUUUACUCCUGUGGACACAUGUGUCUCUGCUAUUCAUGUGGGUUGAAGCUCAAGAAGAUGGCCAACGCUUGCUGCCCCAUCUGCAGACGAGCCAUCAAAGAUAUCAUCAAAACAUACCGCAGCACUUAGAGGAGCAGCAGAUGCUGUGGUGGGGACUGGGCAGGUGGGGAGGAGGCUGUGAAACAACACAGGUCUUGGUCUCUAUUCAUCACCCAGGAGAUUCAAAAACCAUCACCCACCACCACUCUGAUCCCCUCUUCCACAGACAACAGGUGAGACAAGCUUAGACACUGCUCUUCUACUCUCCAAGCAAGCCCUGGAGCUGAAUUCCAGUGUGUCAGGGAAGUUGUGAUGGACUACUCUCCCUUGUGGAUUUUAAACUUUGUC